CCCGAGAGGCACCCUCGUCGGGCACCGGGACAGAGCCGGGGCCAAAGGGGCCGCGGGCGCAGACGCCGGGCGACGCCGUGGCACUACCCCCCCUCGCGAGGACGCGGAGGCGGCCCUCGCGGGCAGCCUGGCGGCCGUGCGGCAGGCCCGGGCCGCCGAGGCGCUGCGGGACGCGGGCCGGGCCGCGGAGGCGGACAGCGCCAGGCGCGAGGUGGAGCUCUGCAUGGAGACCUCGGACGCUUCGCCAGUACGCCUCCGACACCACCACGGAGUGCCGCGAGAGGGCGGCCCUCUUCGCGGCCGCGCGGGAGGCGUCGGGGGCGGCGGUGGGGAGGCUGGCCGGCCUGGUGCAGCAGUGCGGCGGGGAGGCCCGGAGGGCGGAGGACGACGCCCUCCACCUGGCCGAGGAGGAGAGGGCGGCGCUCACCCAGGAGAGAACCGCAACCUCCGCAGGAUGGUGGGCCACGCGAUGGGCGUCGAGGCCCAGCUCGAGGAGGACGGCCGUGCCGCCGGGAGGGAGCUCGCCGCGAUGCAGGAGCGCGUUGCAGCAGGCCCACGAGCGGAUGGGCCAGCUGAGCCAGCAGCUGGCCGGCACCUCGGAGGAGCUGCGGCGGCUGCGCGCCGAGGCGGCGCGGCGGCGCGAGGACGUGCGCGACGCGUGCUCGUCGCCGAUGCUGUCCUUCGCCGCCUUCCCGCUGGGCCCCGACGAGGUGCCCCCGCCCGCGCACAUCGAGCUGCCUGGCGCCGAGCAGCUGCGGCAGCUGCUGGGGCGCGAGGGCGGGGCGCAGCCGCCGCCCGCGGGUGGCGCGCCACGCCUCGGCGGCUCUGGGCGCCAGCACCUGCCGCGGGCAAGCCCCUCGCCGGCCAGCCCGCGGGCCGCCAGCCCCCCGCCGCUGGGCGAUGAGGAGGUCAGCGAGGAGGAGGCAGCGGCGGAGGAGGCGGAGGACGAGGCCGUGGACUGGAAGGCCCAGGCGGAGGCCGCCGCGGCGGAGGUGGAGCGCUUGGCGGCCGAGGCCGAGCAGCUGCGCGGGCAGUACGAGGGCGAGAGGGCCGCGGGCGAUGCCGCGAGGGCCGUGCUGCAGGACUGCCUGCCGAGGUGGUCGUCGUGGGCCCAGGCUGUGCGCGAUUCGCUGGCGAGCACGUCCUCGAGUGCCGUGUCGCGGGACAUGCUGGCCCUCAGCGUCAUGCGCGACGCGGCGGAGAAGCAGCGCGUGGAGAACCUGGCCGCGGAGCUCGAGCAGGCGCGCAGGCCCGUGACGGCCGAGGCCGCGGCUCGGCCGCGGAUUCUGCGCAGCGGCCUCCCGUCGCACCUGCGCCACACGAGCACGCAGACGCGGCCGGUGGACCACAGCGGGCAGAGCUGGCUCACCGCCUCCGAGGCGCCCCGGAGCCUGCAGGGCUCGCCGCCGCCGGGCCCCGGCGGGGACGACCGGCCCCGCGAUCGGUCGCCGAGCCCGCAGGCCGCCGCCCCGCCGGGCGCGCUGGAGGGCUGCCCCGCGGACGCCGCGUCGCUGGAGCGCGCCGCGCAGGAGAUGCGCCUGCUCCAGUCGCCGUUUGUGGAGGGCAUCGACCUCGCGGCGGUGCCAGAGGCGACCCGCGUGCUGCUGAGGCCGCCGCCUGAGGGAGGUGGCCAGGACGGCCGCGCGCCCGCCGGCCCCGGCGCCGACGAGGGGUGCCUGACGGUGAGGCAGCUCAGAGCCGUGCUGCUGGACGUCCUCGCCUCGAAGAGGUCGGACGACGACCGCCGCGAUGCAGCCCACCGGCUCCGCAGGACGCUCUGCGAGGUGCUGCAGGAGUCCCUGCGCCGGCAGCACGGGGUCAAGAAGGUGGUGAGCCAGAAGUCUUGGCAGCUCGUCCAGUCCCUGCUCCUCCACGCGCCCGCGGACCGCGGCGCCGCGCUCUUCGUCGACUUCCUCGACGGCUCGCGCGACACGCACGAGCUGUCCUUCUACCUCUACUGCUCUGCGGUGGUGGCGGCCACGUGCUCGGAGCAGCCGCAGGCCAGCGCACCGAGAGGCGGCGCCGCGCAGGCCGCGCUGUCCCAGGAGCGGGCCGACGGGGUGGUGGACCUCAUCUUCGGCGACCUGCCCAAGGCGGGCGACGUGGCGAGGGCCGAGCUCGAGAAGUGGUCCAGGCUCAGCGGCGCGGCCGCGGAGUCCGUGGGCAGCCCGCGCGGGGGCGGCGUGCCCGUGGAGGAGCUGUGCUGGGCGCUGCUGGAGGGCUGGCGGGUGGCCGCGCUCCUGCUGGACCAGAGCGGCCCGUCCGUGCCCUGGCGCGGCUGCGUGCUGGCCUUCAUGCAGGGCGACAGGCUGCGGCGGGGCUGGCUGGACCCGCACGAGGCGCGCGCCGCCGAGGGCCGCCUGGGGCUCCCCGCGGCGGAGGGCGCGCGGGCGCCGCCCGAGCAGACGUCCCUCGGGGCCUUCGUCUUCCGCGCCCAGGGAGCGGGCGCCGCAGGCCCGCUGCCCCUGGAGCUCGCCCCGGCUGGUGGGCGCCGGGCCCGGGCGGAGGCCUCGCUGCAGGUCUGCUGGGGCGCCUUCGUGUCCCUGGAGAAGGCUCUGGGAGUGUACCUGACCUGGCUGAUGCACAGCGACGAGCUGCGGGACGUGGCUGUCUACCACUCCGUGAAGGCGCGCAUCUUCGGCUUCCGCCAGUCGCACGCGCAGGGCGAGGGACCCGCGGCCGUCCACUACUUCAGGGGCCUGCUGUUGCUCCUGCUCUCGCACCAGUUCGACGUCCAGCUCCAGCGCUCCGACCUCGACGCCGCGCGGCUACGGCCCGAGCUGGAGGGCCUGCUGGGCAUCCUGCGCGAGAGCUGGCGCAGCGGCGCCGCCGCGGGCGACGGGCCCGACUGGGACGUCCCGGCCUCCAGCCCGUGA